GCGCGUCUGCUCUUCUUUCCCGUCCCCCUGCAGCCGAACAAAAGAAGCCAGCCGCCGGUGACAUUUCCUUGAGAAAACCGGUGAGAAAGCUUGGAUUUCUCCUUCUUUUCUUGCUCUAAAACACAUGUAGAACCCAGAAACGUUCCCCCUCUCUGCAGAAAUCCAGAUCUGCUGCUGCUUCCUCCUCCUCACCGUCGGCUGCUACUGCUUUGUGGGAGUGAAUUGCUCGGUUUUUUUGAUUUCCCGUGAGUCCUCUGCAGUUUGCCGCCGGCCCUUCCCCCAAACUGCAGUCCGGUUUUGCUUGCUGGAUUUAUGGUAUGUUGACAGCUCCAAGCCCGAAAUUUUAUUAGUUAAUUACUGCCCCAUAAGCUGUCCGAAUGUUUUCUAAAUUAGGGGAUAAUUCCGGUAGCUUUAGGAUAAAGUUUAAGCAUUGAUUCAAGUGCAAUUUAUGUGAUUGAGUCUUAAUUGACUGCUGUGAUUUUUGGAGAGAAAAUCCCAUGGAAUUAGCUAGUGUUUUGGCCAAUUUUGGAAGUGUAGUUACUGUUCACGACACUGUUAACAGAAUACUGUUCACACACCGAGGAAAUAGCAUCAUGAUUAGGGGUGAUCUUAAUGAAGUUUCACUUUGAAUUUGUGGUAGUAUAGAAUUAAUUCUUGAAUAUUUUGAUUAGGUUCCCGAUUGUUCUGUCAGUUAGUAUUGAGAUCGAGUCUUCGGUUUUAUGCGAGUGAGGAAGCGAAAUUGAGGACGGAGAAACCACGGGAAGUAACGAGUUAGAAAGCUAGCCAUUUCGAGAUUGAUAUAGAUUUUAGAAAUAGAUCAUGAUCCUGUAAGCUAGACUGUAAUUGGAGUUUUAUGAUAUUAGAGCAAAUUAUAAAAUUUGAUCUUUAGAUUUUGUGGUAUCAGAUGUGAAUUGGAUAAGUUCUGAGCCUUGUGCAUUUGUGGGACCCUUUCACGAGUGCACGGCGUCUAUCGUGUCCCGGAUUUGGGUUAUGGGGCGUGACAAAUAUAUUAUAAAUUAGAAA